AUGAUGGCCAGCCACAACCUGCUGCAAAACUUUGUGGCUGUGGUGCCUCCUCACUACUGUAGCGCUCACUCAAAUCUCUCACAGUCCCAGCUGAGCCCAGAGGAAGCUUUGCGGAUCACAGUACCACAAGACCACAGAGGAAAAUUGCACAGUUGCCAGCGUUACGUUGUUCCACAGUGGCACCUCCUGGAUAAAAAUGGGACCUCCAAUUUGAGAAAUGAGGGAAACAGUGUGGAUGAUCUGGAUGCUGACCUGCAAGGAUGCAUAGAUGGCUGGACAUACAACAUGGCUGACAGAAGCUCCACAAUCAUAUCUGAUUGGCAUUUAGUGUGUGACCUGCACUCUUUGAAGCAAAUGGGACAAACCAUCUACAUGGGAGGCGUGCUUGUGGGAGCGUUUCUCUUCGGAACCCUUGCAGACAAAUAUGGUCGACGUAUCCUCCUACUCAUGUCUUACCUUCUGAUGGCGGUCUCUGGAACAUGUGCUGCAUUUUCUCCUUCCUUCCCUCUGUUCUGCUUUUUCCGGUUUGGUUGUGGCAUGGCUCUAUCUGGCAUAGGACUCAACACAAACCUAACCAAUAUUCCUUAUAGGUGGUUUCAUGAAUCCGCAAGAUGGUUGGCCUUAAAGAAUAAGCCUGAUCAGGCGAUCAAGGGACUUAAAAGUGUGGCUAAGUUUAACGGACGGUGUGAUGAGGGAGAAAAAAUUGACAUUAAGAUGCUCCAGGAGUCCAUGAAGAAUGAGAUGUCCAUGUCAAAGGGCUCCUACACUGCCUUGGAUCUGUUCCGCACACCCUACAUGAGGAUUAGCACAGUCUGUCUGGCAGCUGCCUGGUUAUCAACCAGCUUUGCCUACUACGGCCUUUCCAUGGAUCUGCAAAAGUUUGGAGUGGAUAUUUACCUGAUACAAGUGAUCUUUGGAGUUGUUGACAUACCAGCUAAAAUCAUCAUCACUGUGACUAUGAGUUAUAUAGGGCGCCGGCCAUCGCAGUCUGGUGCUCUCGUCAUCGCUGGGGUCACUAUCUUGAUCAACCUGCUGGUACCUUAUGAUCAACAAACUCUGCGGACCUCUCUGGCAGUUGUGGGUAAAGGUUGUCUUGCUGCAUCUUUCAACUGCUGUUACCUUUACACUGGAGAACUGUACCCAACCAUUAUUCGUCAGAAUGGCAUGGGAUUGAUGUCCAGUAUGGCACGUGUAGGAGCUAUGGUGGCCCCCAUGGUGCGCCUCACGGGAGACUACAUACCUUGGCUACCAGGUUUAAUCUAUGGAGGGGCGCCAAUCUUCAGUGGGGUUGCUGCUAUGUUUCUUCCAGAAACGCUUGGCACACCCCUUCCCGACACAGUACAAGAUGUGGAGGAGAGGGGAUCUGGAAAACGCUCCAAAAUGUCACCAAAAGAAACAAUAAUCUUGGAAGACACCGGGGCAAACCUCCUAAAGCCUGUUGCCUGAGGGCAUUUGUGUUGUACUUCUGAUGUUUUUGUACUCCACAUGUUAAUGAAAGUAGAGUGAGUGUUACUUUUAUCUCUUCUCUGUUCAUUUGAUUUCCACAAAUUUGGUUCACCUUAUGAUUGCUGGACGAAUGUUUUUUCUUUCGUUUUGUGAACAAAUGAGUUACAUCCGAAGCGAACGCCACCAUGAAAAGAACGCUGUGGACAAUCAGACCUGUUUAUCUGACAAUCAGUAGGUUUCAGGAUCUUAAUCUUACUUUGUACAUGUCAUUAUUAUUAAUUUUUAUUUGUAUUUUGAAUGUGUAGAGCGAUUUCUUUAUUUGAGCCUUUCACAGGUUAAAGACGGCAUCCACUGGUAUCUUUUAAUGUUCUAUACACAAGCCCGUAUUGGAAAACAAUUGCCUUUUUGUCUUUUAAAUCAAGACUUCUUAUAAUCCUUUUUAAAUCUCAAAGUCUUUUUUAUGGACUUUUGAACACAAAUAUUAGUAAAACCCUUUUCAGUCUACUUCAUCUGGCAUGAGUCAUUUUGAGCUGAAUUAACUAAAACAAGACGGAACGAGAAAUCAAGGAUUUGGAUUUAAAUAAAAGCAGCAGAUGAGCCACACAACAGAAGGCACAAAGUAUAAAAACUAAAUAAAUUGAUUCACAGCAGGAAUCUGACAUGCCGUUGUUUUUCAAAUCUCUUGUGUUCACAAGGCAGAUUUCCCAUGAAUUAUGUGAAAUGAACCCCCACUCUUUAAAAAUUGAACACUCUAGUUAAUGUUUGAAGGGCAGAUCAGUGUUUUGUUGCUGAAGCAGGUAGCUUGGAUGGGUCAGAGGAUUUUGUUUGUGUUUUUCAGAUAAGACAGCCUCCAAGAAAUGUUGUAGUUUCUCAGAUUUUGAAAAAUGAUUUCAGAGUCCAUUUAAUUUAUUCAACUACUUUUGUUCUCAGCACGCUGCACGCUCUGGAUUUAACGCCGCUCUCUAGAGUUCUCACAGUUACCACCCGGAAAACGAGUGUCAUCAC